GGUAUAAUUCUUCAUCUUUCAACUCUUAGGAGCCCUAAUUUGCCCUAGUAUUCCUAUCAAUUUGAUUGAAUUCUAGUAACAAAAUUUAAGUGAGAAUUAUCAUAAAGUUAAUAACUUUAAGGAGGAAAAAAAGUGAAUUCUCCUCUUAAUUGUGUGUCUCUAUCAUCAGUUUGUCUGUUUCUCUUUUUUUUUUUCUUAGAGGCCUUCAAAUUUCAACCAUGUUUUUCAUGGGGUGAAAAUCUCAGAUACUCAAAAAAGAUAAUUGAGGCAUUUGCAUUUUGUCCUCUUUUUUUAUGUGAAAAAUGUUUUGCUAAGCAUUAUGCUGAAGUAGCAGUGAAGAACUAAUUUUGGCAGCCAUAUGGAGGAUGAUAAUAAAACCACCUACAAAUACAAGGAUUAUUACAAGGUUCUUGAAGUAGAAUAUGAUGCAUCAGAUGAGAAGAUCAGAUUAAACUAUAGGAAACUUGCACUGAAGUGGCAUCCUGACAAACACAAGUGUAAUGAUGCAGCAACCACUAAAUUUCAAGAGAUUAAUGAAGCUUAUUCGGUGUUAAGUGAUCCUGAUAAGAGACUUGACUAUGAUCUAAAUGGAAACUAUGAGAUAAAUAAUUAUACCUUGCCAGAAUAUCUAGCCAGAUUCAAAGGGAUGAUUCUUACCUGUAAUGGGCUUGGUAUGAGUCAGGAUUCAGUCUGGUCAGAGCAAUUAACAGAAUUUAACAAGUUGACAGACAAAUGAAAGUUGGUAGUCAUCUUUUUUCUCGUCUUCACAUUCAUCGUCUUUCCUAUGGUACCCUGUUUACCCCUCCCAGAUGUUUAUGGUAGUAACCUUCUGUUAUCAAUGAGAAUCAUGUCCUAAACUUGAACAUUCAUCAUCUCGCUCGAAGGUUAUCCAGAGCAACCAUGUUGUAUGUUAACUGAACAGGAUAUCUGUUACCAAAUAUGUCUAUGCAACUCAGACAAUUUUUACAGUGAUCAUGAUUUUGGUAUUUACUGAGACCUCUUGUAAAAUGUAGGUCUGCAACAAGGUUGUAUCAAUUCACAUGUAAUAUUGAAGAUUGAAUCUCACAGAAGUUGACAUAUUAACAAAAAUUGAUGCCAGAAGCUACUACUUUUUAGUAUAUAGAAAGUCUCAUCUUUAUUCUUCUUU